CUCCCCACGGGCCGUUACUGGGUUUUUUUAAGGGAAAAAAACCGCUCUAUGAAAAAGAAAAAAAAAACCGCGGUCUCUUCCCAUUCUCUAUUUCUCCAUUAGCCCGCUAGAUCCGAACCAGAAGAGCUCCGCUCCAGCAGAGUCAAAUUGAGAGAGAAGAAGGAAGAAGAACGAUGUUGCUGGACGGAAUCGAGGACGAAGAGAAAUGGCUGGCGGAAGGAAUCGCCAGCGUUCAGCAGAACGCCUUGUUCAUGCAUCGCGCGCUGGACGCUAAUAAUCUCAGAGAUGCUCUCAAGUACUCAGCUCAGAUGCUUUCCGAGCUCCGAACGUCAAAGCUCUCGCCUCACAAGUACUACGAGCUCUAUAUGCGAGCGUUUGAUGAGUUGAGGAAGCUGGAGAUGUUCUUCAAGGAUGAGAGCAGGCAUGGAGUUUCAGUCGUCGAUUUGUAUGAGCUUGUACACCAUGCAGGCAACAUAUUGCCUAGACUGUACCUACUCUGUACGGUUGGAUCAGUGUAUAUGAAAACAAAGGAAGCUCCGCCCAAAGAUGUGCUUAAGGAUCUCGUGGAAAUGUGUAGAGGUGUUCAGCAUCCUGUUCGUGGAUUGUUUCUCAGAAGUUACCUCGUUCAAGUCAGUAGGGAUAAGUUGCCUGAUAUUGGUGCUGAUUAUGAAAGAGAUAGAGAAGGCAGCACUGUCAUGGAUGCUAUAGAAUUUGUGCUGCAGAAUUUCGUGGAGAUGAAUAAACUUUGGGUCCGGUUGCACCAUCAGUUGAGGACUUCAAUUGGGCUUUCUGGUCUGCAGGGACCUGGUCAGGAUAGAGACAAGCGGGGAAAGGAAAGAAGCGAGCUCCGUGAUCUUGUGGGGAAGAAUCUUCAUAUUCUUAGUCAACUAGAUGGUGUGGACCUUGAAGUGUACAGAGAGAAUGUUCUUCCCAGAGUCUUAGAGCAGGUUGUCAAUUGUAAGGAUGAACUGGCACAGUAUUACUUGAUGGAUUGCAUAAUUCAGGUCUUCCCAGAUGAGUACCAUUUGCAGAGCCUGGAGACACUAUUAGCAGCUUGCCCGCACCUUCAGCCAACUGUAGACGUCAAGACUGUUCUCUCUCAGUUGAUGGACAGAUUUUCUAAUUAUGCAGCCACCUGUCAUGAUGUUCUACCAGAGUUCUUGCAAGUAGAAGCUUUUGCUAAAUUGAGCAGUGCUAUUGGCAAGGUUAUAGAAGCACAAGUUGACAUGCCUGUUGUUGGAGCCAUUACUUUGUAUGUGUCUCUACUUACAUUUACUCUCCGCGUUCAUCCAGAUCGUUUGGACUAUGUUGAUCAAAUACUGGGUGCAUGUGUGAAGAAGCUUGCUGAGAAGCCUAGACUUGAAGACAAGAGAGCAACCAAACAAAUCGUUGUACUCCUGAGUGCUCCUCUGGAGAAAUACAAUGAUAUUGUCACUGCUUUAACACUUUCAAAUUAUCCUCGUGUUAUGGACCACUUGGAUAAUGAAACAAAUAAAGUCAUGGCUAUGGUUAUAAUUCAAACCAUCAUGAAGAACAGUAGCUGCAUUUCCACUGCUGAUAAGGUUGAGGUCUUGUUCGAAUUAAUAAAAGGGCUCAUAAAGGAUUUAGACGGAACAACUGCAGAUGAGCUUGACGAGGAAGAUUUCAAGGAAGAGCAAAAUUCUGUCGCUCGCCUUAUAAACAUGUUAUAUAAUGAAAACCCUGAAGAACUGUUGCAGAUUAUUUACACAGUGAGAAAGCACAUCAUGAAUGGUGGGCCAACACGACUACCUUUUACAGUUCCCCCGCUUGUAUUUUCCGCACUAACGCUUAUUAGAUGCUUGCAAGCUCAUGAUGGAGAUGUAGUGGGAGAGGAAGUGCCUGCAACACCAAAGGCUAUUUUCCAGCUCUUGAAUCAGACUAUUGAAGCUCUUUCAGUUGUUCCAUCACCCGAGCUGGCAUUAAAGUUGUUCUUGCAAUGUGCUGAGGCAGCUAACGACUGUGAGCUUGAGCCAAUUGCUUAUGAAUUUUUCACCCAGGCUUAUGUGUUGUAUGAAGAGGAAAUUGCGGUAAUCAAUUACUCUCUCGAUCGGUCCCUUCAGCUGAAUUCUGAAUCAACAAUUCAUGGAGAAUGGUUCCUUAAUCCGCUUUCUGCUGAAGAUUUUUUUUUUCUUGGAAAUCAGGAUUCGAAGGCUCAGCUUUUGAAGAAGCCUGACCAAUGCCGAGCAGUUUUUGCCUGCUCCCACCUCUUUUGGGUCGAUGACCAGGAUGGAGACAAGGAUGGAGAGAGAGUCCUGCUAUGCCUGAAGCGAGCCUUGAGGAUCGCAAAUGCAGCCCAACAAAUGGCCAACGCUGCCAGGGGGAGCAGUGGCCCAGUUACGCUCUUUGUCGAAAUACUAAACAAGUAUCUCUACUUUUUCGAGAAGGGCAAUCCGCAGAUCACGAGCAAUAUGAUCCAGGAUCUGGUUGAACUAAUAACCGAAGAGAUGCAAAGUGACUCUGUUACUGCCGAUCCAGCUUCGUAUGCUUUCUUUGCCAGCACGCUCCGGUACAUCCGGUUCCAGAAACAGAAAGGUGGUAGUAUAGGUGAGAAAUUCGAACCAAUUACUGUCUGAUUUCUCACAUAGCAAAAGCGUAUCAGUUUGGUUUCAUUUUCCUAAAUCGGGUUAUAGAAAUGUGUGGUCGAUUUGAAAGAGGAGGUAGAGAGGAAAUGAGUUGGGGGUAAAAUAUGAUGUUUGGCUGAAAUCAGCGUGUUUAUUGUUUCUUUGGCAAUGCGAAUUUUUAAGCAUGGAAGAAAAAUGAGGGAGGGAGGGACGGAGGGUAGAAUGAGUCUUUGAUUUGGUUUUGUUAAUUGUCCUCUGUGGUGGUGGGUGGUGGUUUUGAAUGGUGCUUGUUGGAUUAGGUUUAGUUGAAACGUAGUUGGACAUAGGAAGGUAAGUAAUCCCGCGGAAUUGUAAGCACGAAGUGGAUAAAUGGGAUAGGUUUUUACAUUUCAUUUCCAUUAGUCUGUCUAAUUUGUAUCUCGACCUAGUUUUGUUUUUGUUUUUAAUCGCUACUAUAUUUGUCACUUUAAGUUAGGGUAUUUGUAAAGUGUCCAGAAAUAACAGGUGAAUUAGUCUAGUAGCAACCUGUCAUGGCAGAGUGGAUCGCUUUACUUUCACUCAUAAUUCGGACUGGCAUCAAGUGAAAGAAAAAAAUGAGUGACAAUGUGUUUCAUUUGGCGUCAAACAAGAUUACUUAUGUCUCUGGAAUGCAUCGUCUGAAUGUACUCAAUUUGGCAUCAACCAAG